CUCGUUAUGGUCCGUACAUAAUCCAUUUUGGAAGCUGGAAAAAUGAUAAUUUCCACGUGCAAAUUCUGACAUUCAGUCUGUAAUUGUUCACUAAACAGUGCUUGUAAUAAAAAUUAUAUUAUUUUUUUUAUUUAAGGAAGUAAUUAUGUCAUUUUUUAAAAUAAUAUUAUGAUAAAAAUGUAUCACGAAAAAUCUUUCAUAAUUUGGAUAGUAUUUAUAGUUUGGUAUUAAUAUAAUUACUCUUUUGCAUUUUAUUUAAUUUAUCAACAUUUCAAACUCGCUAAAAAUUGAGGUUUAAUACGUAAAUAAUAAAAAUGCGACCUAUUCGUUCAACAGUAUCGGUUCACAUAGUCAUGAUAAUCCUUUUUAUGAUAACAGUUAUAGAGUCAUCGAAAAAGCAAAAACGUCAGUUGUUUCGAGAAAAUGUAUUGCCAUAUUUAGGAGGAAAGAUUCCGGAUUCUGCAUUUCUCUCAGACCGUUUAGCCCUAAAUAUGUUAAAUAAAGAAGGUAUAUCUAUACCUGAUGGAGUUUUAUUCGAUAUAAGGCCUCGUGAAUCACAUUACCAAACGCCAAGAGAUGACCCUGAACUAUCAACUUUUGUUCUCAAAAUGGUACAAACAUCAAACGAUAGAUUUGUGCCUACUGAAGGAAAAGGAGGAUUAGAAAAUGAAGUAGAAUCCACGUACAGAAUGAUGUUACCUUCAAAUUUUCAAAAUUACCAGUUUCCAAAAUUUAAAGCAUUGGCAGGAAUAUUGCAAAUACCAUCUAAACAGAUUUUUAAUCAAAAUAAUUUCAGUGAUUUAUUCCGAGGACAAUUAGGCAUUCGAUUUGAUCCUCUAAAGCAAAACUUAAACACUGUAGAAACUCAUAGAAAUGAUCCAAUUUAUAGUCUCAAGGAUGAAACCAGUAAAAAUAUUCUUGAAGAUACUCGACCUAUCAGUAAAAUCCUUACAACAAAUUUCAUUUGUGAUAAUUCUGGAAAGUUAUAUCCAGAUCCUGAGACACAAUGCCGGGUAUUUCAUUUAUGCCAUUUUAAUGGAUUCAAAGAAUCAUUUAUAUGUCCAGAAAAAACUCGAUAUGAUCCAAAAAUGAGAGAAUGUAAAUUUUGGUACUUGAUACCAUGUCAAGACAUUCGUAAACUACAUUAAACUUUAUAAUAGACUAUAAAAAUCUUUCAAAUUUCUUUGUUAAAUUAAAACUACUUACUUUACUUGAGUUACUGUCUUAUAAUUGCUGUAAAUAUAUUAAAUGCAUUAUAUAAUAAUAAA